GAUAAAACCACCCAUUUCUUAUUUCGCGUUAUCUUCUCUUUUACUCUCUCUCUCCCUCUCUCUGCUUUUUCAAUCUCAGAAAUGGUUUCAACAAUCGCUCUGCCUCUUGCUCAGUCAUCUUUUUCGCCGAUCCUAUUUUCAUCUAAACCCCUAAUUCGACCGACUCAAGCUGUUCCUCUGAGUCGCCACAGUAAAUUCUCCCUUUGCUACUCACUCUCCCGUCCAAUCCGAUCUUUAAGCUUUCACCGUACAAACCGGAGUCCAGCUUCAACUACGCGAGGCCGUGCUAUAUGCUUUUACAAUGCCGAUGAAGAUAAACAGAAGGGAAGUGAGUCGGAUUGGCCAAUCCUGAAAAGGUGGGAUGUGCCUUGGAAAUGGCAAACAGUUUCGCUAACCUCACUUGCUUGUGGAUUAAGUUUUGUUUUGACAGGGUUGAUAGAGACAGCGGCUAUACCCUAUUUAGGACUUCAAAUUGGAGAACUGAACUUGGAUGAGAAAGCUGAAAUCCUAUUUUUAGACCAGGCCAUUACAACUGCAGUUGUGCUAGUGGUUUUGUAUAGUCUCACCAACACCUUGGAACCUCACACAGAGGACUUGUAUCGCUAUGAUUUGAGGGAACCAUUUGAUCUACAAAAGGGAUGGCUCUUGUGGGCAGGAAUUGGUCUUAUUGCAGCACUGGCUGCUAUUGCAUUGACAGGAGCUGCCAUGUCUUUGUUCAGUGGUGAGAACCCUCAGAGAGAGACUGAUGCACUUGUCCGCUUGCUUCCUUUGAUUGGAUCCUCAAGUAUAAGCACUGCCUGUUUGCUUGGCAUCACAGGUUUCCUUGCUCCAAUCCUUGAAGAGACUGUUUUUCGUGGUUUUCUUAUGGUGUCCCUUACCAAGUGGUUGCCUACUCCAGUUUCAGUCUUCAUUAGUGCUGCAGUAUUUGCAGUUGCUCAUUUAACUCCUGGAGAAUUUCCACAGCUGUUUGUGCUAGGUGCUGCUUUGGGAUUUUCAUAUGCUCAAACUCGGAACCUUCUCACUCCCAUAACUAUACAUGCUUUCUGGAAUUCAGGCGUGAUCUUACUUCUUACCUUUCUUCAGCUCCAAGGAUAUGAUAUCAGGGAAUUGUUGCAGGCUUCUCAAUAGAGAUCGCUCUUCCUUCUUUCGGGGUGGGGUGUGGAGCAUGCUGGUGGCAUACUGCUGUUUUCUCCUUAAAUGUAUCUUUUUCUGUAAUAUUUUUACUUUUACUUUUAUUUUUCUUCAACAUUCCUAAGAAUAAAAUAAAUAAUUGAUAAAACAAAAUUCGCAUAAUUGACCUCACUGAUCUCAUUAUUAUUCUUGUACCACAUCACUCGGAAAACCAACAGAAAUGGGCCCAUUUGAUUUGAU